AUUCCUGUCGCAAACUCCAUGGGGAAAAAGGGUCAGACCAUUCCUGGUUUCAAUACAUUUUGGUUUCAGUAGAUUCUGGCGUCCAUAUUGUAAUAAAACAAUAUACAUAGCAUUUUGGGAAAUUAAAAAACACGUUUGAAAGUAAUUUAGAUUCUCUGGACGUUUUUUAUAGCGAAAUUAUGUUUCGAUUUUCCCAACACCCCUAUUAACCCUUUUGAGGUGGACGCUCCCUCUUACUGCCAUGUUGGAUGAAUGUAUCGAUGUUGCAGCUGGAGUUCCGAAUGAAAGUUUAGAAUUUUUUUCUCAGUAAAGAUUGGUAUUCCCACGGUGUCUUCGAGGACAAGGGACACAUUAAGGUUAUUUUCAUACAACCAGGGUCCAGGAACGUUUUUUUUCUGUCGUUCACCCAGGAGAUAACCACAUGAGCUGAUCCGGUUGCAGGCCAUGGCGUCCAAAGCCUGCAUGGAUUUUAUGUAAUAUUCUUUACUGUGGAUAGAUAUUUUUGUUUUGUGAACUAAAACGAUUAUUCCCGAGAAUGACUCAUCCGUCUCAACGGCGGAUUGGAAAUGUGGGCUCAAUUCUCCUAACCCCGCAAGAAAACGAAUGCCUCUUCAACUACCUUAGCAGGAAAUGCAUCAGUCUGUGUUCAGCGGUGGUGCAGGUGUAUGGGGCGGACAAGAGCUUGUCAUGGGUGAAGAAGUGCUGCGGAGUGGCCUGCCUGAUCAAGGACAACCCCCAGAGGUCCUACUACAUAAGGGUCUUUGACAUCAAGGAAGGGAAAACCAUGUUUGAGCAGGAGCUGUACAGUAACUUCUCCAUCAACAGCUCCAGACCGUACUUUAUUUCGUUUGCUGGAGAUUCCUGCCAGAUAGGCCUAAAUUUUGCUAGCGAGGAGGAGGCCAAGCGUUUCCGAGCAGCCCUCAACGACCUGCUCGGCCGACGACUACGCAAAACCGAAAAGAGACGCGAUCCUCCAAAUGGCCCUGCUCUCCCCAUGGCCACGGUGGACAUCAAGAAUCCAGAGAUCAACAAUGUGCGCUUCCACAACUCCCACCACCAUCACCACCAGCCACUCCCCCAGCACCAGCCCCAGCAUCAGCCCCAGCAACAGUCCUACCACCUCAACAACAUGCUCAGCAACAGCAGCCUUAACAAGAGGGACAAGAAGGCUAAGAGCAAGAAGGGCAAGAGGCUCACCAAGGCUGACAUCGGCACACCCAGCAACUUCCAACACAUUGGCCAUGUGGGCUGGGAUCCGAACACAGGCUUCGAUCUGAACAACCUGGACCCAGAGCUGAAGAACCUGUUUGACAUGUGUGGCAUCUCAGAAGCCCAGCUGAAGGACAAGGAGACCUCCAAGGUCAUCUACGACUUCAUCGAGAAAAAGGGAGGCGUGGAGGCUGUGAAGAACGAGCUGAGGAGACAAGCCCCACCCCCACCUCCCUCUCGCGGGGGCCCCCCUCCUCCUCCUCCCCCCCCUCAUAGCUCAGCCCACACCCCCCCACCACCUCCACCCCCAUCUCGGGGAGGGCGGGGCGCUCCCCCACCCCCUCCUCCCUCCCGCGCCCCGAGCUCCGCCCCUCCCCCCCCACCCCCCUCCAGACCGGGCGCCCUGGGCGCGCCUCCUCCGCCCCCUCCCCCGUCCCGGGCCGCCGGCGGUCACGGAGGCCACCACCACCACCAAGCCCCACCCCCGCCUCCCCCCUCGCACGCCUCCAUCGCCCCGCCGCCCCCGGCACAGCCGCCCCCGUCUACCGGGGGAGCCCCUCCUCCCCCGCCACCCCCGCCCCCCCCUCCGGGCCCCCCGCCCCCUCCAGAGCUGGACGGCCUGGGAGGCGGGGACUCGCCGGGCUCGGUGGGUAAGUCGGCCCUGCUGGACCAGAUCCGGGGCGGCGCCCAGCUGAAGAAGGUGGAGCAGAACAACAAGCCGCCGUCCACCGGCGUGGGCCGCAACGCGCUGCUCGACCAGAUCAGGCAGGGCAUCCAGCUCAAGAAUGUUCCGGACAGCCCAGAGUCUGGCCCCGGGACGCCAGCUCCCUCGGCAGGCAUUGUCGGGGCGCUCAUGGAGGUGAUGCAGAAGAGGAGCAAAGCCAUCCACUCUUCAGAUGAAGAUGAGGAUGAUGAUGAGGAGGAGGAUUUCGAGGACGAUGAUGAAUGGGAUGACUAGCUGCCCCUGCCCCUUGUCACAGUUUGUCACGAAGACUGUCCCUCAAACAAAUCUUCCAAAACCCGACUAAAAUUGUAAUGUAAAUGGUGUAUGAAUUCUCUGUGUAUUUAUUGUUGCCUUUAUUUGCUUUCAUUUUAUUAAUCUGUGCAAUACCUCAUUCAUUUAAUCGGUAGAAAGUUGUCACACAUGCCCUGUGAAGUGUCUCCAGCUUCCCUGUUAUAGAAUGCACUCAACACCGUUAAAAGCAUGACAUGGCGGUGUUAUAAGCGGUCAUAACUGCUUAGGUUAGACAACCGGUCAUUAUAUUACUACUUAGCCAGACUAACUCUUCUCCUGACACUGCAGGGGUGGGCUGAUUGACAAGCCAUGCAGGAGACAGUCGACAAAGACAACUCUGUGACAGUGACCUCCAGUAGUGUGAUAUUCCCGGAUAAACUGUGCAAUUCUCGAUGGGAUAUAUUUUUAUUAGUGUGUUACUUUGAAUGUUAUUUUCCCUCGUCCGCGAAGUAAGGGAAAUGUACGUUAACAGGUGGACGGGAUCCUAUUGUGUUGUAAUUGUUGGUUGAUGCAAGAUAACACUAUUUUCUUACCCUACUUUUUUGUGUACCUUCGAUUUUCUUAUUGAGAUCAUAGCCUAGCAGUUAUUUUUUCAUGAGUAGUCCACCCUCCAGAUGAUGAAGCCCUAUGUGUACUCAAAGGUUGUGUAUUCGAGGCUGUUACUUUUUUGCACAAAUUGAGUAUUGAAUUCACUACAAUAGUUAGGCGUUGUGUUGUUUUUGUUCUGACCAUAAGCUGGGAAAAUGAAGGCCUUCAUAUCUCAUCUUGGGCUACUUGAGCAAUUUAUGCUGAUUAGCAACUGUCUUGGACAGUUGCAUCCAGUACUUUGAAGUGGUCAGAGUAAUGAGGGGGGCACUCCAUUUGAGCGAUCCAGGAGUCUCCUCUUCCUCAAUGCCCAAUAAACAUUAUCAAAAGAGUAAUUCAUCAAAACACACUCCCACACACACACAUUCUUGCACACAAGUACUUAUGGGGACUUAAUUGGGUUUUGUGCGGUUUGUCUUUGUUUCAUGUUUUUUUUCUUCCCUUUUGUAUAUCUGGUUGCAAUUCCCCCAACAUUUUCCCCUUCUGUAGAAGUGAUGAGAGUACCCCUGGUAUCCUCUCUCCAGUCAGUGUUCCUACUAAGAUGCUAAUUUACAAAUGCCCUAUUCUGUUUAAUUACAAACCAUGACUUUUAUGCAAUGAGUCUGUGAAUGCCACCUGUUGACAAAAAUGGCAAAUAAUGAACCAAAAUUGGCAUUUGCAAGAAUCGUCUUGAACUGUUCUGGUUUGACUUCUACAAAAUAUGGACACAGAUGCCUUCCAUUACACAGUAUAUACAGGAGUAAUGGGAUGCUAUUUUAACUGUCAGAAUUCAGAAUUUUUACCAUCCUUCAUCGAAGCUAUUGCUGCAUUAAAGAACCAUGAUACUGACAUCCAACCUGUAAAAUGGGUUGGAAAAAAAGCAAUGAAAAUACUAAAUUGUACACUUAAAUAAAUGUUAAUAUUUACAGAGAA